GGAUGAAUGCGGAGUCAUUGCACGUAGUUGAAAGGCUAUAGAUUUGCAACAUUUGGCAAUUAAUCGCUAGUUACAAAUGGCUGAGGCGACAAAAUGUUUACAUUGCGCAUGUGCGUCUGCUCAGCCAGCUAUACUUUGAGACACUAAUUAUUUUUAUACUGUACAAACACAAACAUCCUGUCCCUAAACACUGCCGGGGAAAAAUGCUUCCUUCUAAUUUGAAAACAUUUGUAAGGUAAAACAUAGUGAAUUGGGCCAAUUUUAUCAUGUUCCAUCUUUUAUAUUCCUGAUGGAUUGAUUGAUCAAUAUGCCUCCUUCAUCUGGAGAACUGUGGGGGCAUCACUUGAUGCCCCCUACUAUAACAGUUGACUGCUUGAUGCCAACUGGUAUUAUAAUUCCUUUAACCUGUGUCCGUGAUGCCACUCUUGAAACUGUAAAAUCUGACCUGUGGCAUGAAUCGAAACGUUACCCUCUUCACCAUGUCUUGGGACCUGAAAUGUCAUACAUAUUUGUAUCCAUCACUCAGGAUGCUGAGAAAGAAGAAUUUUAUGAUGAAACAAGAAGAUUGUGUGAUUUGCGUCUCUUUCAACCCAUUCUUAAAGUUAUUGAACCCAAAGGAAACAAGGAAGAAAAAAUGCUCAACUCAGAAAUCGGCCUUGCUGUUGGCAUACCUGUUCAUGAGUUUGAUGAGAUGAAAGAUCCAGAGCUGAUUGAUUUUCGUCGCCACAUCCUAAAUGUCUGUAAAGAGACCAUAGAUGCUCGAGAUUCCAGUACGGAAGAUAAACUUGCAUCUUAUGUGUAUCCUCCUGAAAUAGAAAGUUCUAGGGAUCUUCCACCAAAUCUUGAGAAGAAGUUGGACAAAGGUUUUUUGAUUGUUUGUGUAUGGGUUCUUUCACCGACUGGAGAGAAACAGAAAUACACAGUGAAGGUGUCAAAAGAUGACUACCCUGAAAGUGUGACCCAAGAGGCCAUUCUCAAGAAACUGAAAUGCAUGAAGAUGUCAAAGCAGGAACAAGAGACACGUGCAAGGGAGCAUCAGCAUAGCUAUCUCCUCAAAGUCUGUGGGGUGGAUGAAUAUUUACUUGAACGAUAUCCUCUCUCACAGUAUAAAUACAUAAGACAGUGCAUCGCUAAAGGUGAAAUUCCACAAUUGAUGCUUAUGUCAAAAGAGGGAGUUUGCAACUCAUUGCCGCAUUGUGAUUUUCGUAUGCCAUCCAUCAUACGCAGAAAUCCACUUCCACCAGCCAAUGAAGAAACAAUGUCACUCUGGAAUGUUGAUUCCAUGCUGCGUAUCAAAAUUCUUUGGGCCACAUAUGUCAACGUUAGAGAUGUUGACAAGAUUUAUGUUAAAACAGGAAUAUUUCAUGGAACUGAGCCUCUGUGUGCAACUCAGGACACGUCUCAGGUUGUUUUCUCAAACCCUAAAUGGGAAGAGUGGUUGGAUUAUGACAUCUUCCUCCCGGACAUCCCGAGGAGUGCGAGGCUCUGCCUCUCUGUCUGCUCCGUAUCCAAAAGAAAGAGGAGAGAGGAGCAUUACGCUAUAGCCUUUGGGAACAUUAGCCUCUUUGACUACAAAGAGAGGCUGCUGUCAGACAGGGUCAGUGUUCACUUGUGGGGCAUGCCGAAAGGCAUGGAGAACGACCUUUUGAACCCCAUCGGCACGCCGGGAUCCAAUCCCAACAAGGACUCUCCUUGCCUGGAACUCGAGUUCGAAAGAUUUGGCAGCCCCGUCGUUUACCCCUCCACGGAGCAGAUUGAAAAGUAUGCAUCCUUUGCCUCAAAACUGGAAGAGCGGGAGGACAAAUUGACAUUAGAUCCAGCUGAUUUUGAGGCUCUGAAAGAAAUCAUUGCCAGAGACCCCCUCUCGGAAAUAUCGGAACAAGAGAAAGAAUUUCUGUACAGGCUGCGUAAGGAGUGCAGAGCACUCCCGGACUCCCUGCCGAAAGUUCUGGAAGCCGUGAAAUGGAACAGCAGAGACGAAGUGUGUCAGAUGUACAUGCUCCUGAAAGACUGGCCGCAAGUCUCCACAGAAGUGGCUCUGGAACUGUUGGAUUGCAAAUAUGCUGAUAAAGUGGUUCGUGACUACGCUGUCCAAUGGUUGAAUAGAAGUUUAUCAGAUGAUCUCAUGUCACAAUAUUUGCUGCAGUUAGUUCAGGUGAUAAAAUAUGAAUCAUACUUUGACAACAAUUUAGCCAAACUUCUACUUCGACGAGCACUUUCAAAUAGAAAAAUUGGUCACUUCUUCUUUUGGCAUUUAAAAUCAGAAAUACACGACCCAUCUGUUGCCACUCGCUUUGGCUUGAUGCUUGAAGCAUACUGUCGGGGCAUGGGCUCUCAUUUAAAGUCGAUAGUGAGACAGGUGGAAGCCCUGGAGAAACUCACUAAGCUCACAGACAUUUUGAAAGAGAGGAAGGACGACACACAAAAAGAAAGGCUUAAAUUUCUGUAUGAGCAAGUUCAGCAGGCAGACUAUCUAGAAGCUUUACAAAAUUUUCCAUCACCACUUAACAGCAACCAUGUUCUUGGAGAUCUUAUUGUUGAAGAUUGUAAAAUCUUGGAUUCUGCAAAGCGUCCACUAUGGUUAGCAUGGUUAAAUCCUGAUCCAAUGGCUGAAUGUAUGUUUAAAAAUUACUCCAUUAUCUUCAAAAACGGAGAUGAUCUUCGGCAAGAUAUGCUAACAUUGGAAGUGAUACGCAUUAUGGACAGCAUUUGGCAAAAUGAGGGUUUAGAUAUGAGGAUGAUGCCUUACGCUUGCUUGGCUACUGGUAAGAGUGUGGGGAUGAUUGAAGUUGUGAGGAAUGCAAAGACUGUGAUGAACAUUCAGAGGAAAGGUGGACGCAUGGCGGCAUUUCAGGUCGAUUCAACACAACUCCACAAAUACAUUAAAGAAAAGAAUAAAGGAGCCAAGUAUGAGCAAGCAAUUGAAACUUUCACCCAAUCGUGCGCUGGUUACUGUGUUGCUACAUUUGUUUUGGGAAUAGGUGAUCGUAAUCCAGAUAACAUUAUGGUUAAUGAACAGGGGCAGAUUUUUCAUAUUGAUUUUGGACACUUUUUGGGACAUUUCAAGAAAAAAUUUGGCAUCAAUCGGGAAAGAGUACCCUUUGUGCUAACAGAAGAUUUUCUUUAUGUCAUUGCAAAAGGUGCUGAAAAUCCGAAGAAGAGUAAAGAGUUUCAAAGAUUCCAGCAGCUUUGUGGCAAAGCCUAUCUCAUGUUGAAACGGCAUGCUCAUUUGUUAAUUACGCUGUUCCUCAUGAUGCUCUCCACCGGAAUACCAGAGUUACAAUCCAUCGACGACGUCGGCUACUUGCGGAAGACUCUGCAGGUUGAGAAAACUGAAAAGGAAGCUCUCGAAUAUUUUCAGAAUCAAUUCUUUGAAGCUUAUGGGGGUGCAUGGACUACGAAAUUGGACUGGUUCUUUCAUAGUGUCAAACAUUUGUGAAUAUCUAGUCAUUUGAAAUCAUUUUUUAAAAACUUCUCAUGGUGUAUUUUAUUCAUAGUGUUUUAACUUGGUUUUGUGUGAAUAAAACAAUGUAAAAUA